AUGGCAUAUCUGGUUUGGCACAGCACACGCAAGGAGGGUGACCAGCUUCUGGUUGAUCCUUGUGUAAUUUGCGUGGACAAGCUCUGCGGGAUUAAAUACGUUCGCGAGGACCAGGACUUGGAGCUGACGUCAUCAGAGGUGGCGCGGCGGGAUCGCCUCCGCCGCCGGCUUGACGAGCACCUGACCCAGCUCCAAACUCUGCAACAACAACGAAAAGCGGAACAGCAGCAGCGGAGUGGGCCAGCGACCGCAGCGGAAAAGACGGGUGCCUCUGGGCUUCGGCGACGGCUCGAAGAAGGUGCUCGAGAAGCUAGUAGGGAGGGGCGAGCGGCAGCUCAUGGAGACCACCUUUACCAACGGCAGCCCCCCGCGGGUAGCGGGGGCGCAGCGGUAGACUUCGGUAGCGGUAGCGGUAGCGGCGGAGACAGGGCUGAGGAGGACUUAGGCGCGCUCGGCGGUGGAGCGGAAAGGGCGGACGGCGGCCGAAGAGCGUUGUCGGCGGUGCAAGACGCGACGGGGGGGG